AUGGCUCGAGCUUUGGACGGCCAAAUCGCAUUGGUAACGGGAGCGAGCAGAGGAAUCGGAAGAGGAAUUGCUCUCCAGCUGGGACAGAGCGGAGCAACGGUAUACAUCACUGGCAGAAAGCCUGAAAAGAGUCUGCAGAGUCAGUACCAGAAUUUGCCUACAUUGCAGCAAACUGCUGAAGACAUUCGCCGCAGGGGUGGUAAGGCGGUUCCCGUCUACUGCGACCAUACCGAUCACAAUGAUAUCGCAAAGUUGUUUGAGCAAAUUCAUAAGGAGAACAGUGGAACACUAAAUGUGCUUGUAAAUGCUGCCUAUGCCGGAGCCAAGGACAUGGCCGAAGCCGGUUCGAUCCCCUUUUUCGAGGCCGAUCCUUUGCUUUGGGACUCAGUAAACAACGUUGGUUUAAGAAACAACUACAUUUGCUGCGUACAUGCUGCGAGAAUGAUGGUAAAGAAACAAUCUGGUCUAAUUGUGAAUAUUUCUUCUGCCGGUGGCUUGCAGUAUACGUUCAACGUCCCUUAUGGUGUAGGUAAAGCAGCGCUAGAUCGAAUGUCUGCAGACAUGGCAGUCGAGUUGAAUCCUCAUGGUGUCUCUGUGGUGUCCUUAUGGCCUGGAAUGGUCCGAACUGAAUAUUCUGAGAUACUGAGGAAUGAAGGCAAACUGGAAAAGAUGGUGCAACAAUCGAAGGAGGCUAUUGACAAAUCUUUCAAAGAGAGCGAGUCCACUGAGUUUGUUGGCAAAGCUGUCGUGGCCCUAGCGACUGAUAAGAAAGUCAUAAGGAAGUCGGGGAAAAUCCUAAUGACCUACGACUUGGCCUGUGAAUAUGGCUUUAAGGAUGUCGAUGGCAAUCUACCUAUGGACAUACGUCGCGUCGCAACGGCUCUUGAAUUUUUUGGAUUCACUCGAAUCGCCUCGGUCACGCCGUCUUUCUUUCGAAUCCCAUUAUGGGGAAUGCAUUUCGCUUCGUAUAAAUUCCCUUAUAAAAUUUGGUAA